UCAUAAGCAACACCACAAAAAGAAAAAACUUGUUUUCUAUUCAUAAGACCAAAAAUGUUAUAUAUGGCUCGAAAAGCUGUGAUAAUCUCGAUAGUUGUUUCCUUUCUUAUGAUGAAUACGAAGGCAUCAACAACCACUGGAAACUUCAGCCAAGAAUUCGACAUCACAUGGGGAGAUGGACGAGGGAAGAUCUUGGAUAACGGUCAACUACUCACGUUAUCACUAGAUAAGGCUUCUGGAUCAGGGUUUAAGUCCAAGAACCAAUAUUUGUUUGGAAAGAUCGAUAUGCAGAUGAAACUCGUUCCUGGCAAUUCUGCUGGCACUGUCACUUCAUUUUAUUUGUCUUCUCUCGGGUCAACUGAUCAUGACGAGAUUGAUUUUGAAUUUCUUGGUAACCUUAGUGGAGAUCCGUAUAUUCUUCAUACCAAUGUUUUCGUUCAAGGAACAGGCAAUAGAGAGCAACAAUUUUAUCUUUGGUUUGACCCCACUAUGGAUUUUCAUACUUACUCUAUCUUAUGGAACCCUGAAAACAUCAUAUGGUUUGUUGAUGGAACUCCCAUAAGACAAUUCAAGAAUUUGGAAACGUACAAUAUUACUUUCCCUAAUAAACAACCGAUGUGGAUCUUCUCUAGUCUUUGGGACGCUGAGGAUUGGGCAACGAGAGGCGGUCUUGUGAAGACAGAUUGGACCCAAGCACCCUUUACUGCAUCCUAUAGAAAUUUUGGGAUACAAGUAUGCGAACAACCUUCUUCGUCUUCAUGUUCUCACGAGGCAUGGAUAACAGAAUCCUUGAAUAGCUCAAGUUUAGAAAAACUGAAAUCGGUGCAAAUGAAGUACAUGAUUUAUAACUAUUGCACUGAUACCAAACGAUUUCCUCAAGGGGUUCCUAGUGAAUGCAAAUACACAUGAAAAAGCUGAUGAAAUGAUCGAG